AUGGAAUAUACAAAAUACUUACUGCAAUGCAAUGAAUUUAAUGAAAACACUUCAGCUCGAGUCUCCAAAAUUGUCGAAACGAAAUAUUUAAAUUUUCCUUGGGAUGGAGAUGGGCAAGGAAUUAUUGAACAGAUUCCAUGGGUGAUUAAUGAUUUUAUCAAAACUGGAAAUGGCGAUUUUUAUACAUGUAACGAAAAGGCUGAUAUUUCCCCAAUAGUUGACGAUCGAUGUUUUGAGUAUUUUUCAUGUUUUCUCGCCAUGCUGAGAGGUAAUGGUGGUUGUAUCAAACACUUGUUGCGAGUUGCUCCGUCUAAUUUCACUAAAAGUGAGCGCCUAAUUCCAUUCUUAGGUUAUUCUACGUCUGCCUUCAAGUACUUGCAUGAAUCUCUACGGUAUGACAAGAACAAAUUACGAAACAUGCUAGAGGUGAAUGGAAAUAUUUUGAAAUAUUUGACAUCUAUCGAGUAUGAGCAUGUAGUUUCAAUUGACAGAGAUUUAGUGGUAUUUUGUGUUGUGAACGGAUGUAAAUUGCAUAAUAUUCCUUCCUUCAUUCCGUUUGAUAGAGAAAUGGCAAUUUCAGUACUUCAGAAAAUGAAAGAACUUUAUGUACAUCAACAAUCAUCCAGAUGGCACGACUUGAUCGAUGAGAUGUUUAAACGAUUUAGAAAUGAUUUGGAUGUAACAUGUGCCAUGUUAAAACGAGAUUCAUUUUUGUCAAUACAUAGAUGCACACAGUUGCUCGAAGACAAAGAUGCUCUUUUAGAAUUAGUGAAAUUUGGACCUAUAUUGAACAAUGUUUCGAAAUCCGUUCAAAAUGCUCACAGAGAGAUCGUUGUUAUUUGA